ACCCUGUACAUAGGUACUAUCGAUAAAGAAUUUGUAAUGGAAUACGAUACAUCGAAUCAUUCGAUUAUACCUGUUGCAGAAUCGCUUGGUAAAUUUAUUGGUGUGUGGUGAAUAUCUUAAUAAUACACUGUUAGUUUAAAGGGAUUGGGGUUACAAAAUUAAUUGGAAAAAAUGGAAAGAAGUUUGGAAAAAACGUUGGACGACGUAAAUAAUAUGGAUGGUAUUAUCGGUUGUAUUUUGGCCGAUCAUACAGGAUUAUGCCUAGGAGCUAAAGGAAAUGCAUCCACGGAAAGUGCAGGUAUAAUUGCAGCUAUUGCAGAUCAAGUUGCAAAAUUAGAGGCAGACUCACCGACUGCUGUCAUAGCCCUUCAGAAUGAUAACAGGAAAUGCCUUAUACAACGCCAAGGUCCUGUGGUAGGUGCAAUUUAUAAGGACGUCUCUAUAUAAAAUAAUUAUUGUUAUUCAAACUAGUAAUACUGGUAUAUUUAAGCUAAAUCUCAUUAUGUUUAGAAUUAUCUUGUUAAUUGUACAAAAUACAUGUAUAGAAACUCUGAGUAAAAUAAUUUUAAUGUAAUUUCGUUGAGAUAGGGGGAUUCGCACUUGCUUAACUUGAAUCAUAACAGUAUAGAAAAUACAUGAUUAUUGGAUUUUAGAAAAUUUACAUAAUGUCCACAUCGCAGUACCCUUGUAGAUAAUUUUGUAUGCAAUAAAUAAACCAACAUUAUUAACAAAGUUAA